AACAUACCAAAAGGCAACACAGUAGUAACGUUUACUUUGUUUCAAUUAUAUAUCUCGCAAUAAGUUCAUAACAAUAUGAUUUAUAUAGCUUUAGUAGUAGUAUUGCUUGUUGCAUUAUAUCUAUACAAUGUAAGAAAUUUUGAUUAUUGGGAAAAAAGGGGCGUGGUUUAUGAAAAACCUAUAAUAUUUUUCGGGUCUGUUAUAAGGAACUAUUUAUUACUGGAAAGUAUGACCACGACCAUAAACAAAUUUUAUAAAAAAUAUCCCAACGAAAAACUCAUUGGAGCAUUUCGAUCAACAACUCCAAUUCUGGUUCUCAAAGAUCCGGCUAUGGUAAAGCAAGUUAUCAUCUCUGACUUCGUUUACUUCCACGAACGUGGAAUUGUACCAGGUAAAUCAUUGGAACCUUUGUUCAAGAAUUUGUUUUUCGGAGAAGGUGAUCUGUGGCGGUUGCUAAGACAACGACUUACACCAGCAUUUACUAGUGGUAAAUUACGAGCAAUGUUCCCCUUGAUAGUAGAACGAGCUGAAAAUUUGAGAGCACGAGCUCUUAAAGCCGCAGUCAAUGGACGUACAAUGGAUGCCCGUGAUUUGAUGGCUCGCUAUACUACUGACUUUAUUGGCGCCUGUGGUUUUGGUCUCGACGCAGACUCCCUGAAUGAUGAAGAUGCUGCAUUCAGACAGCUAGGAAUUAAAAUAUUUACAUUCGAUUUUCAUGAUGCUAUUGUUGUGUUAUUGAAAGAUAUGUUUCCAAUUAUGGCAAGAAAUUUAAAAAUAAUGGGAAAAGUCGAAAAAGAGCUAAUUCUUCUUGUAAGAGAAAUUCUAAGAAAAAGAAAUAAUAAACCUUCUGGAAGACAUGAUUUUAUUGACUUAUUGUUAGAAUGCCAAAAUCAAGGUACUGUGGUAGGUCAAUCUAUUGAAAAAUUCAAUGAAGAUGGAUCUCCGAAACAGGCUAGAUUAGAAUUCGACGAAUUAAUUAUAGCCGCCCAAGUAUUUGUAUUUUUCGCAGCGGGCUUUGAAACAUCUUCUUCUGCGACGAGUUUCACAUUACACCAACUUGCUUACCAUCCAGAAGUACAAGAAAAGGUACAUAAAGAGAUUGAUACCGUUCUUGCUAAAUACGACAACAAGCUUAGUUAUGAUGCUAUUAAAGAAAUGACAUAUUUAGAGUGGACUUUUAAAGAAGCAAUGAGAAUUUUUCCUUCACUAGGAUUUUUGGCUAGAACAUGCAGACGAAAAUACACCUUCCCAGGUACUGAUUUAUCUAUAGAUGAAGGUGUAAAUAUCUUUAUCCCAAUAGAAGCUUUUCAUAAUGAUCCUCAAUAUUGGAGUAAACCUCAAGAAUUCCGGCCCGAACGAUUUCAUCCCGAUGAAUUCAACGAAAUUCAAAGAAGUAUUUAUCUUCCAUUUGGUGACGGACCUCGCAAUUGUAUAGGUGGUCGCCUUGGUUUGAUGCAAUCUUUAGCUGGUUUGGCUGCGAUUCUAUCUCAGUUUAGAGUGGAACCUGCGCCGGAGACUAAGCGCUAUCCAACCGUAGACCCUACUUCUCACGUGGUACAGAGUAUAUCAGGAGGAUUACCGUUAUUAUUCAAUCAGAGAGUUGGUGUAAGAGCAUGUUGAUAAACCGAUUGACUAUAUCCACGCAGCGUGGUUUUAGGUUCUAAUGUAUAAAGAAAUAUACGAUAUACGAGAAGUUUUAUCUACGAUUAAUUAAGACUUGUAUUUAAUAAUAAUAAAAGUGAUAAAUAAAAUAUUUUUAUCUGUUUUAUUAA